AUGGAUACCAUAUCGACACUCGACACUGCGGCGUGCAUUCUUAACGCAACCUCGUUUACUGAGACAGCUUUCGCAGUUGCACAGAGCUCUGAAGUACAGUCGCCGUAUCACAAUGGCGAGGCAAUUCUGGGAUCCCUCAGAACAUUGAGAAUGGCACUGUCAGACAUGCAAGAGCGUCUCGCGGCCAGGUCCACGGUUUUAGACAAUGCACUUCCGCUGCGAGAUCUGGCGUCUUCUCGAGACGCGGCCAUUGUACUCCUUGACAGCAUUGAACAUGUGUUUACACGAUCGACCGACAAGCCAACCGGAAGAACUGGACAAAUCGCUACGGAUGCCCUUUUGAGGUUGAAGCUAGAGGAAUCUAUUCGCCUCAAGACUACUGUAACGCGUGAAAUCGCUCAUAUUCUUAGCUCUCGAAUCUUCCAGCUGAGCCAGUCCCUGACGAUGCUCGAAAGCCAGAACCGAUACGCUAGACCAGAACACGAAUCUCAAGUCGAUCUCAUGUCACGAGACUUGGAACACUUGAGAAUACAAGCACAAAAGCAUUUGUCGAAUCCAGAUGCCACCUACACGCAGGCCGACAUCGAACAACUCAGAGUCCUGCUUGUCCGACUGGCUGAAGCAGAGGAUGCGUUACUAGCCGAUACGAUUGUUUCGAGCCUCAAUUACACCAGCAGACCUAUCCGUCUCGAUUCCAUUCCCCAGGCGCACCAAGAUACUUUCCAAUGGGCCUUUGACUCUAGGCUGGCGAACUGGUUCCUUUCUGGGAGUGGCACUUUCUGGAUCUCUGGGAAGCCAGGUUCUGGAAAGUCCACGUUCAUGAAGUUCAUUUCCAAACAUACUCGGACCAAAGAGCUGUUGGAGACCUGGGCGGGCCCAACCGGCACACUGGCUAUUGCGACGCACUGCUUUUGGAUCGCGGGCACGCCGAUUCAGAAAUCCUGGCAGGGGCUUCUCCAGUCUUUACUCCAUGAUCUACUUCGUGGGCAUCCACAAGCUGUCUCCAUAGCCUGCCCGAAUCGCUGGGCAGCUGCUAAAGUUGGAAAGUGGCAGGCGGCCGCUGAACCGUGGUCUGUGGAAGAGCCUGCUGUUGCGUUGCGAGCCCUAUCAACAGCGGAGCGGAUGUCAUUGAGUAUGUGUCUCUUCAUCGAUGGACUGGAUGAAUAUGACAGCAAUCACGCGGAACUCUGCCAAGUACUCCUUGAUAUGGCCAAGUCUCCCCACGUCAAGAUAUGCCUAUCUAGCCGUCGUUGGCCAGUCUUCGAGAGGAUCUUCGGCCAACAUGGUCAGGAGAGCCUGGAUAUCCACGAGCUGACGCGGGACGAUAUCCGGAAAUUCGUCAACGACCAGCUGCAGGCUGACCCUCGAUGGACUGCCGAGACUUCCGAGGGCGUUACCCUAGCGAAGGCCGAGCUCGUGAACCGAAUCGUAACUCAGGCUGACGGUGUAUUUCUCUGGGCCUUCUUCGUGACUAGAUCGUUGCGAGAGGGUCUCGCCAAUGGUGAGAAGAUGGAAGAUCUCGCCCGACGCUUCAGCCAACUACCAUCCGACUUGGAUCAACUUUUUCAACACAUGCUGGACAGUGUGAAUCCUACGGAUCAUCGCACGAUGGCGGGCAUCUUACAAGGCGCGGUGCACGCACUGGAACCGCUUCACAUCGAUCUCUACCACCAGUUGGAAAAAGAAUUGCAAAAUCACAAUUCCGUGUCGCAAAACUCGGAACAGCUUGGGACCGUCAAGGACUUCGUCUCGACAAAAGAUGUUGGUGACUAUCUGCGCAGCAAGUUGCCGUCGGACUACAAUGGCUUCACAUCCAUCGCCGCAGCGUACCUCGGAUUUCUCAGAGGCACAAGACAGAAAAGCUCACUUGUCGUAGACGUGAUCAGGCAGGGACGGGGGUUGAACAGCGGUCCGCUCAUUUCGCAUCUGAACCAAGCCCUGUUUUACGCGUCGGAAGCACUCAAACAAGCCGAGCAGCCUGACUCUGCCCAGCGCCAACAGAUUGAGAAGCUCCUAGAUGAGUACGAAGCCGCCAUCGUGGAAAUGGUCAGCCUCGGCCAUGUAACUGUUAGGGGCGCCAACUCUGAUCGUCUCGAUGCAAGGCUGUUGUUUCGCGAGGAGCUCCUUCGCCAUGAACUGUCGCCUUAUCUGACAAAGAAGAUCGCCGAGCAGCCAAAUUUCUUCGACGUGUUUGAUGAGUCGCCGCAGUUUGCAGCGCUUAUGCCCAUGUCCCGUGACGGUGGUGAGAGCCCUGGGCCCUCGUCAAAAGUCCUCGACAUUCUUCUCGGGCGCGGUGAGGAUCCCAACUUGCUACCUCGACAGUCGGAUGUUCCCAGCGCGCUGGAUGCACCAUCACCUUGGGUGCUUUUUGCGCGCAGUACAAUGUCGGUUUUCAACAUGCUAUCGGGACCGUGCAUGUUUCCUGCCCUGCGAUGGAACGACUCCUUGAGGAAUGCCACCUUCAGUCGGUUGUUGUCCCACGGCGCCAAUCCCAAUCAACCUCUACUGGACCGUCCUGCGGCACGUACCGUCUUCUCGCAUUUCCUAGAUAUAGCUCUAUCCAAGUUUCUUGGCGAAGAGUGUUUCGAAGACUACCUCAGGACCCUGGACACCUUCCUGCGAGCAGGUGCUAGUCUUGGGGUGCCAGAGAUCAACAGAUUGGAGAGUCCAAGUGUUGAGCCGGCGUCUGCAAACCUUGCGAGAAGACGUCCAGAGGAAACGGUGCUGGUGUCUUUCUGUAACGAGUUGAAGGGACUUACAGCGAAGUUGGCGGCUGAUUCACGGAGAGCCACUUUUGUCACCUCGGUAUUGGAGAAAGUCGUUCUGCACUGUUGCGGUAGAGAGGAAGAUCUGGGGAAGUUGCGUUUGGCAAUUUCUCAAGGUUGCCCUGCAAAUGUUGCUGUGCCCCUACAGCAGUUGAUCGAUUCUGAGAGCAUUCUCGUGAACUCCCAAAGGAAUCCAAGGAGGCUAGUAUCGAAUUGUAUGCCAUCAAAACGAAGUACUUGA